CCCUCAGAGUCUUAACUUUCAUUUCUCUACUGGCUCACCAGAGGACCGGAGUAGUUGACUGAAUUCUCAGGACUUAGACUUUGCCCCGGGUUUGCUCCUUUCCACAGAUUCAGGGUCACUUGGUUGAGAUAUGGAGGUGUGAGUUAGUUUUCGACUGCAAGUUUGGAGGAAUUUAGAAGACAACAGUCUUUGCUCUGGCACCAGUGCAGAAGUGUGAGGAGUCAAGACAGACAGACACAGGAUCACAGCAACUAUGGCCUCAUCAGUCCUGGAAAUGAUAAAGGAGGAGGUGACCUGUCCUAUCUGUCUGGAGCUCCUGAAGGAACCCGUGAGUACUGAUUGCAACCAUAGCUUCUGCAGAGCCUGCAUCACACUGAACUAUGAGUCGAACAGGAACACAGAAGGGGAGGGCAGCUGCCCCGUGUGCCGAGUUUGUUACCUGUUUAGAAACUUGAGGCCUAAUCGACAUGUGGCCAACAUAGUGGAGAGACUCAAGGGGUUCAAGUCCAUCCCAGAGGAGGAACAGAAGGUGAAUGUCUGUGCACAACACGGAGAGAAACUCCAGCUCUUCUGUAAGAAGGACAAGAUGGCCAUCUGCUGGCUUUGUGAGCGAUCUCAAGAGCACCAUGGUCACAAGACAGCUCUGGUUGAAGAGGUGGACCAUGAGUACAAGGAGAAGCUGCAGGAAGCUCUGCAAAAGCUGAUGGAAAAAGAGAAAAGAUGUGAUGAAUGGCAGGAUGCCAUUCAAGAGCAGAGAACUUACUUGGAGAAUGAAAUCCAGAGUGAUAUAAAAAGUGUUCAAAUAGAGAUUAACGGGCUAAGAGAGCUCCUGGACUCCAAGGAGAAUGAAGAGCUGCAGGAGCUGAAGAAAGAGAAAGAAGAUGUUGUGAAAAGGCUGGAAGAGGCUGGAAAUGAGCUGGUGCAGCAGAGGGAGUCCGUGAGAGACUGCAUCUCAGAUGUAGAACAUCAGUUGGAGCUCUCAACUAUGGAAAUGCUGCAGGUAAUACUACAGGAGAACCCAACGUCUGAGUGUCAGGGGACAUGGAAGCCAUUGCCCCUCAGUGCUGCUGUCUUCUUCCCGGUGAUGCUCUUCCUAUAG